UACCUGCUGAGGGCAUGGCGCGGCCAAAAAAGCCUAGCAACUUCGACCUGGGCCUGGGCACAUGGAGCCCUGGCUCCCAGGAGGAGAGCUUCCGGGCUCGAGCACACUGCAGGGGUGUUGGCAAGAAGCUGCCAGAGUACAAGGCGGUGGUGGUGGGCGCAAGUGGUGUGGGCAAGAGCGCACUGACCAUCCAGCUGAACCACCAGUGCUUUGUGGAGGACCACGACCCCACCAUCCAGGAUUCCUACUGGAAGGAGCUGUCCCUGAGUGAAGGAGACUGCAUUCUGAAUGUGCUGGAUACUGCAGGGCAGGCCACUCAUAAGGCCCUGCGUGACCAGUGCUUGGCUGUUGGCGAUGGGGUGCUGGGCGUCUUCGCUCUCGAUGACCUCUCAACUCUGACCCAGCUGCAGCAGAUGCGGGCCACCUGGGGUCCUCACCCCACCCAACCCCUCGUCCUUGUGGGCAACAAGUGUGACCUUGUGACCACUGCCGGAGAUGCUCAUGCUGCUGCUGCAGCCCUUGCCCAGAGCUGGGGGGCCCCCUUUGUGGAGACCUCAGCCAAGACACGGCAAGGUGUGGAGGAGGCCUUUUCACUGCUUGUCCAUGAGAUCCAGAGGGCCCAGGAGGCCAUGGCAAAGGAUGCUGUGGCCAGGCAAGGUGGGGUGAGGGGCCGCCACCAGAAGGCCACCUGCCGUUGUGGCUGCUCUGUAGCCUGAAAAUCUUGAUUAAGAAAAGUGAACCCUCCCCCACGCCG